AUGCUGGUUCAGAAAGUCUGUGGAGAGUCUCAAUUCUCAUCAGUUGCAACCAUAGCAUAUGAUUGGUGCAGACUCUUCUCUGAACUGGAGUUGAAGUUCAACAGUUUCCACUAUCCACUCACAAGGCGUGGAAGGAGAACUCUGCAGCCUUUCCCGUCCUCCAUCCACCUGCCGGGCUUGUCACCUUUUGCAACCAGCCACCCGUACUCCCCCAUGGUCUCCGCCUCCUGCAGGAUCGGUGGCCAGCAACUCCGAUGGCUCUAUUCACUGGUCGGGAUGUGCAUCUCCCGGGUCUAUCAUUCGGUGAUGUGCUGCACCUUCAUCAUCAGGCAGGGAGAUUCCUGGGUGGUGAUCGCUCUGCAAUACAUCCGAUUCUGCAAUGCUGAUGUAUUGGGGGAAAUGAUGAAAGGAGCUACUCCUCCGGCCCGGCAGAAUUCCACUUUCCCCUCCGGCGAACCACCGCUUCGAAUGCAUUCAAAAGAGCUCACUGAAACAAGGAUUGAAGCAACCAAUGUUUAUGUGUCACCCAAUUAUGUGACACAGCAGCAAAAGAGCCAGCAUGGUUCUGGUGGGUUUGGGUCGGGUUUCAAGCUAUGGGGAUGGUCACUCUUUUCGAUCAUCCCGUGGGCGAUCGCCUCAAACAUCAAGAUGGAAAGACCAACCACCAUAAACAGGAAGUUGAAGAGGCGGACUCAGUAUGCUCAAGUUGUGGAGGGUGGUGGUGCUGGUGGUAUUAGGGGUAACCCUUUGCGGUUCAGGCCUUAUGUGUCUAAAGUUCCAUGGCAUACUGGCCCUAGAGCCUUCCUCUCUCAGCUGUUCCCUCGUUAUGGACACUACUGUGGGCCAAACUGGUCUAGUGGGAAGGAUCAGGGUUCUCUCCUGUGGGACAAGCGGCCGAUCGAUUGGUUGGAUUACUGCUGCUACUGCCAUGAUAUGGGGUACGACACUCAUGAUCAAGCCGAGCUGUUGAAGGCGGACUUAAAGUUUCUUGAUUGUUUGGAGAGGCCAAAUAUGGUGAACAGAGGUGAUUCUCAUGUUGCACACAUUUACAGAACCAUGUCCAUCGCAGGUCUGAAAAAUAUACUUGUACCGUACAGAACGCACCUCGUGAAGUUACAAUCUGGGGUUCCUCUGAUAAAUUUUGGGUGGCUGAGCAAUGUGAACUUUAGAGGCUGGAAAUUCAGCAGAAUACAAGGUAGCCAGCAGUAGAACCCGAUGUUUUUAUCUCUACUGCGAAUAAGAUGGAGGAGAGAUGAAUGCAGCAAACCCUUUGGCGUUCCACGUUUCGGCAUCUUUAGUAGAGCUUUUAUGUAAAUAAAAUUAGUGUGUAGAUCUUGGUUGCCUGAUGACAUUUGUGGGAGUUGUAUAACGUAUGACCUUAAAAGAAAGCCUG